AUGGUUUCUCGACCAAAAACUUGUCACAUGAUAGUAGACAAUUCCCCUUUUUACCUUUUUGUUUACCUUCCAGUCUGUGGUUUAGUAAAUGUGGCUGUUAAUAAAUCAGCUACCCAAAUUAGCACUUAUCGAGCAAAUGUAGCAUCCAGAGCGAUUGAUGGUAUAGAUGGAUUAAUGGCCAGUGGAUCCAGUUGUUCGACUACCGAAUCAAACACAGCUACACCUUGGUGGCAAGUAGAUAUCAUGCAAGACUACUCCAUUUACUCUGUGGCCGUAACUCAUACCGCGAACGCAGGACAACCGUUGGCUCACGAUUUUUCUAUUAUGAUCUAUAAAGAAGGAGAGUCUAUUUCUGAUGCCGAACUUUGUUACUAUCAUGUGGGUAAAGGAGCCAAGGGAAAGAUUGUAAUGUAUAAUUGUAAACAGAUAAUAAAAGGUCGCUAUGUAAGAAUUACUAUUAAUGGUCAACCGGGCACUAGAGAGUUUCUAGUAUUGUGUGAGGUUCGAGUAUUUGGGACACAACUUGCCAGUAUCAAGUCGGCAUACGUUCGAUUAGAAAAUGCUGAAUUAUCAAUCAAGCCGGAUAUGACGUAUAGUGUACACGGAUAUGGUCAAUGUGCUAUGAAAUGUUAUGUGUUACCAAUGUGUCAUAUCUUCAGUGUUAAAUUGGUGUCAGGUUAUUAUCAAUGUAAUAUAUUUACACAGGAAAAUACUCUGCUCUGUAUAAUCGAUAAGUCAAUAAUCAAUUAG